AAAGAGCAUUAAUUGUUGAUUUUACACUGAUUUCAAUCUUUGACAUGACCUUAUGCAGUCAAGGUUAUAUUUUCACAGAAUGUUCUGUCAGGGCUCUCAAGUUUUACCAAAAGUUUGGAGUAAGAUUACAUAUGUUAGGGCAGGGGCCACACUGCCCCACUCUGCAGGUAUUUGCAACAGCGGCCCCACCCAAUUCUCUCAAGUUUUUGCUAGCAGCUUAAUUUUACCUAUUGUUUAUAAUUGGCCAGAACAAAUAGAUAAAUAGAUAAAUUAUACAUUUACAUUUAGUCAUUUAGCAGAUGCUUUUGUCCAAAGUGACUUACAAAUGAGGUAACAAUAGAAGCAAUAACAGCAAUACAUAAGUGCACUACAACUAUCAUCCAGUCCAACACAGUAUAGCCAAGAGUUGGUAAUUUUUUUUUUUGACAGAGAAGGUAAAGAUAAAAAUAGAAAAAGAAACAAUAUUAGCAGGAGAGGUGUUGGCAGAAGAGAUUGGCUUUUUAGCCAAUUCUUAAAGACUGCUACAGAGUCAGCACAGCAGAUCUUAUCGCAACCGGCAGAUCAUUCCACAGAUGAGGAACAGAUCCAGAGAAUGUACACAAUAGUGAUUUUUCCCCUUUUGGGAUGGCAACACAAGUCUUCGCUCUGUGUCAGAGUGCAGGGAUCUAGAAGGUACAUAAAUCUGUAUAAGCAAUUGCAGAUAAGGGCGUGCUGACCCAGUGGUGGUUUUAAAGGCCAGGAGCAGAGCUUUGAAUUUGAUGCGAGCUAUUAUAGGAAGCCAGUGUAACCUGACAAAGAGAGGAGUGACGUGUGACCUCUUUGGCUCAUUGAAGACCACUCUUGCCGCAGCAUUCUGGAUCAUUGGCAGUCUGGACUAUUGCAAUAACAAUUGGUUGUAUUCAAGCCCAUCAAUCCUGCCCUCUGCAUUCUUUCUUUCAUGGAUCAUCAACAUGAUUUUAAACAGCACGUGGCUUGUCUUGUGGGACAGAGAAUGGAUAAUCCCUGCACUGAUAGUUCUAGCUCUGAUCGCUUUCACCAACUACUUGCUCAUCAUAUUCUCUUGUAUUGGUCUACGUGCUAAUGGACCAUGGCUCAGACAGAACCACCCAAAAGAUCUUAUCUGCAUCAUACUGCUGGUUCAAAAUGGCAUUGCCACUUAUGCAACAUGGACAACCAUCGCCACUCUGCUCAACUUCACAAUUGUGUUGAAAAUGGCAUCUGAUUCUGCAACAAAUGCUGCUACCAUUUCUUUAUGCAUACUUCUGUUGGAAGUAAUAGUAUGGUUUACUCUGGAAAAUUUUGUGAUUGAAAGGCAUGUGCGCUACAUCCUUACCAUUUAUCCUGUCAUAAUUUACGCAUUAAUUGGAAACUUAAGCAAGCAUUACAAUGCAGCAGAUCCUGGCCGGAAUGCAGUCUUUUUAGCGGUGCUGCUCGCGGUGACUUUUGUUGUGCUAGCGGUGCGUGUAGGUUUGGUGGUUUGGAGACACAGGACUCAUCCUCUCUAUUGCGAACUGAACCCUGAGGUCCCGAUGUUACCAAACAGCAGCACUGAUAAGUGUGAAUGACAACGAGUGUGCUUGUAAAUGCACAUAAAAUGGUUGCAUGAAAGCAGCAUUUUUGUAUGUUUUUGUACUGAGCUUAAAUCGUUCCAAGUCUGUAAUAGGCUUUAUGCCCAGCUGCACUACUUCCUGAACUUCAGCCAGCUCCUUGUUUCCUGUCUGCCAUUAUUGGACAAACUGAUUAAUCCAGGUGUGUCUGAUUAUUGUUGUUGUGACUACUGAGGUCAGGCACACCUGGAUUAAUCAGUUUGUUUGUGACUACUGAGGUCAGGCACAUCUGGAUUAAUCAGUUUGUCCA